AAUAUACUUCUUCUUCUUCUGCUCCUAAAGGGGCUAGAUUUCGGUUUUGAUUUGGUUUUCUUGGGACGAACUCGCCAUGCUUUCCCAAAUCAACCUCCUCGUCUUCGUCUUGGCCGCCGAAACAGAGGAUUCUUCUUGGAGCUCCUUCUUGGGAAUCGUUCGUGCUGCGCCUCGUAUUUCCGGCCUUCUAGAAGCUCCACCAAAAAAUCUCCCCCCGGGUCCGGUCAACGGGCCGCCGGAACCUCACAGUCCCCGCGCCCACUGUUCUCUCGAAUGUCGCCAUGCUCCGCGUGCGAUCCGUACUAUAUUCUCUGCUCUCCUGCUCCGGUAUGUUCAGGGUAGCAGCGGCGGCGGCAGCUUUCCAUCAGUUCCCACGGCCGCCCACCCACCUCCACCGGCCCGUCCCUACUCCGGCGAGCUCGUCGUCGUCGGCACCUGGAGCAAAACGCAUUCUUACCCUGGGCAUCAUCUGGCCAUGUCCGCGCACUUCGCCUGUCGAUUCGCCUCCCUUUUCGGGGCUGCUACUAGGUCAGUUAGUCAGGUCGCGUCACAUUUACUCCCCUCUUUCGCCGCUCGCCCAUUCCUGUCUAGUCCGUUUCGUAUGCCCACUCUAUCAUCCAUCCAUCCGCCCCAUGCCUAUCCUCCUUUCUCUCUUUGUUCUUGGCUCGCAGGCUCUGUUUUUCUCUGUCGCCGCCGAGGACCAUCCCUACCUGAACAAAAUCGAACAGGUGAUAGAGCCAGGAUUCUGCCAGCACGAAUGACGAUCUGUAGCUGCGAGGAGACCAUCAAUGAGUUCGAGAUGUUGACGCGCGAUGCUGCGCGUGUGCAGCUGGAUACGCUGAAGAAGAUCCUUGAGGCGAAUGCUGGUGCUGAAUACCUGAGGCAGUUUGGCCUCGACGGGAGGACCGAUGCCGCUAGCUACAAAUCUUGCAUCCCGUUGUGUGUGCACAGCGACGUUGAACCGUUCAUCCAGAGGGUUGCUGAUGGUGAUAGCGCACCAGUGGUGACCGGGAAGCCCAUCACCUCCCUCUCCCUCAGUUCUGGUACGACGCAGGGGAAGCCUAAGUUCCUGCCAUUUAAUGAUGAAUUGCUUGAGAACACACUUCAAAUAUUCCGUACUUCGUACGCAUUCAGGAACCGUGAAUACCCUAUCAGCGAAGGAAAAGCCUUGCAGUUUGUUUAUGGUAGCAAGCAAGCCUUGACGCCUGGUGGCAUCCUUGCUACAACUGCAACAACAAACCUGUACCGGAGUCAGCGCUACAAGGAAGGGAUGAAGGAUAUCCAGUCUCAGGGCUGCAGCCCCGACGAAGUCAUCUUUGGCCCUGACUUCAACCAAUCCUUGUACUGUCACUUGCUCUGUGGGUUGAUAUACUCGGACGAGGUCCAUUCCGUGUUCUCGACGUUUGCUCACAGCCUAGUGCAUGCAUUUCAAACAUUGGAGGAGGUCUGGGAGGACCUCUGUGCUGAUAUAAGAGAUGGCGUCCUUUCAGAAAAAAUCACAGUGCCAUCAAUUCGCGAGGCUGUUUCAAAGAUUCUGAAGCCCAACCCCGAGCUUGCCGACUCGAUCCACAAGAAGUGUGCGGGCUUGAGCAACUGGUACGGUGUGAUCCCGGCACUGUGGCCCAAGGCAAAGUACGUGUAUGGCAUCAUGACAGGGUCCAUGGAGCCGUAUCUGAAGAAGCUGCGGCAUUAUGCUGGGCACUUGCCGCUGAUCAGUGCCGACUACGGCGCGUCUGAAGGAUGGGUUGGCUCUAACAUCGACCCCACGGUGCCGCCUGAGCAGGUGACGUAUGCCGUUCUACCGCAGACUGGUUAUUUUGAGUUCAUUCCCUUGGAGAAACCAACAGGGGAGGAGACGGAGAACAGUGCAGCUAUUCAUUACAUCGAGUCGGAGCCGGUUGGGUUAACUGAAGUUGAGGUUGGCAAAAUCUAUGAAGUUGUGCUCACUACCUUUGCAGGCCUAUAUCGCUACAGACUAGGAGACGUGGUGAAGAUAGCGCGCUUCCACAACUCGACGCCGGAGCUCCAGUUCAUCUGCCGCAGGAGCCUGGUGCUGAGCAUCAACAUCGACAAGAACACCGAGAAGGACCUGCAGCUGGCCGUCGAGGAGGCGGCGAAGCUGCUGGAGGGGGAGAAGCUGGAGAUCGUGGACUUCACGAGCUACGUGGAGAAGUCGAGCGACCCGGGCCGGUACGUGAUCUUCUGGGAGCUGAGCUCCGAGGCCACAGACGAUGUCCUGAGCGGGUGCGCCAACGCCCUGGACCUGGCAUUCCUCGACGCGGGCUACAUGGGGUCGAGGAAGAUCAAGACCAUCGGGCCGCUCGAGCUCCGGGUCCUGAGGAAGGGCACAUUCAGGGAGAUCCUGCUCCACUUCCUGACCCUAGGAGGCGCGGUGAGCCAGUUCAAGACGCCCCGGUUCGUGAGCCCGGCCAACGGCAAGGUCCUGCAGAUCCUGAACCGGAACGUCGCCAAGAGCUACUUCAGCACGGCGUAUGGGCUAUGACAGAAGCAAGAAUAAUUGCCUGCUGCUAGAUUUAGCAGGGGCGUGUAAUUACCUUUCUUUUUCUGUUCUUUUUCUUUUUUUGCUGGUACCUUUCAGUAGUCUCCUCAAGAAGGAACCGUUUGUUUUAGUCUGUUGGAAUAAUGUUUUCUUUCUUAUGAUCAAUCUGGUGCCAGAGCUACUGAGCUAGAAUCUAUGUAAAUUGCCGCAGUUGUAGCGAAAGGUA